GAUACAUCUGAAAACUAAUCUAAUAUUUCAAACACGAUUUGUUUAAUAAGUAACAAAAGGUACUGUACAUCACUCCAUCAGAAAUAAAAGUUGCUUCGGAAACCAAAAGAAAAAGGCCCACUAACUCAAUAGUCUGGGUUACAUUGGGCCGUGAAAGACGAGCUCAUUUACUAAAUGGUCUUGCUCCCAAACAAAACAAGUUGAAUAGGCUACAAGAAAUGCAGUGCUGAGUGCUGGAAGAAAUAAGUUUCUCUGAACUGAAACUGUAAUCCAUUAUUUCCCAUCAAAAGUUAAGCUCACAAGAAAGUCCUGGAAUGAUCAAACAAAUCUUAAGUACAGAGAUGAUUAUGAAGAAAGUAACCAAAAAAGAAAAUUUUUAAAUUUUUUGAUUCUUUAAUUAUGUAAUAGCUGAGUCUGCCUCUAUUAAUCACAGGGUUAUGAUGCAGCCUAAAUAUGGGGCCUGGAAAUGCUCACCACACACCUUUCACGUUCCAUUUUACGUACUCAAAUACAUCAUAUGACCCAUUACAAACCCUACUAUAUAGCAAAGAAACCAAAAAUUGGAAUAGAAGGAUAAUUCGAUCUAUCUAUUAUGGCGUUAAGAGAGAUGAUAAUAGAUGAGAGUGAUGACAUAGAGAGCUACAGUGACCAAUCUCUUUGCCUAGACAAAGCCAAGGAGCUUCUUGCUCUCAUCAAUCUACCCACGGGAUUGUUGCCACUGAAGGAUAUGACCGAAGUUGGUUACAACAAAACCAAAGGGUUUGUGUGGAUGAGGAUGAAAAGCAAGAUUGAGCAUACAUUUCCUGAAAUAGGUCGCAGAGUGUUAUAUGACACGGAGAUAACUGCGUUUGUUGAGGACCGUCGUAUGAAGAGACUUACAGGAGUCAAAAGCAAGGAGCUUAUGAUCUGGGUUCCUGUGAAUGAUAUCUUUAUCAGGAGAAAGAUCCUCAGAAGAUCACCUUUGCUAAUACCACCGGCCUAUCACGAACAUUUAAAGUUUCAGCAUUUCAAUGUGAAGGUUGAUAAAUCAGAAGAAAAGAGGAGCAAUCAAACUUCCUCGAUGUAAGCAACCAAUAAAGAACAAAACUUGUUCCAUAUUCAAUAAGAGAGAGUGUAUCAGAUACCAUAAAGACAAGCCUUUCUUAAAGUGAAUUGCUUAUGGAACAUAACGCUAAAUGUACAAGUUCUGAAGAUCAUGCCUUGAUGUAACAGUGAGUUUCUAAUCAACAUAUUAGAAUCGAUUCACUGGCAGAAGAUGUGUGUUAUGUUUUCUAUCUUUAAGCCAAUACAUUAUUUCACAUAAAAAAGGAAAGACACAGACUACAUCUAAACAAUCAGAUGCAUCAAACAACCAACAAGAACAAUAUAUGUGAACUAAAAACAAAAUGAGAUGCAAAGAUGCAAAGUUCAAACAGCUUGAACAUCCUAGGAUUCUAGCUAAAGAAAGAACUCAGAAAUCUGCUGAAGGAAAUUUAUCAACUAAGGCAAACAACACAUAAUGAAUAAGCACAUUUCCAAAGUUUUUCACAUAACCUACGUCAGGAAAGACGCACAUCUGGGAAAAUAUCUCUGAAGUGAAACAAUGU